AUGAAAACAGAAAACUUCUUCAAGUACGGCGCUCCUUUGUACAAUUUGAAAAGUACUCGGACUCACUCGCAGAACCAACCGCAAGCGAGUGGCAUCGGUAACAGCCACGGAACAGGCCACCACCACCUGACAACUGACGACCUGCGUCAUCUCACCCAGCAGCACCGCAUCUCUGGGUACUCGGACAGGGAGAGCGUCGCCAGUGGCAGCAGUGCUGGUGGCAGGAUUAGGAGGCGAUCGAGAAACUUCUCGAUGAAGUCCUCGAAGGGGGGCAUUACCAAGAAGACCAAGACCAUGGAUUACACCAAUUACGCCUACAAUGAGGCUGUGGGACGUCUCAAGGUAAUGCUGGCCGACAACUCCUAUACCCCACCCAAGGUCGGUGGCAGUGCAGCCGCAUAUCUGCGAAACUUCAAUGAGGAUUCCGGGGACAAUUUUUCGGAUAAUCUAUCGGUGAUUGAGCGUCCGGUUUUUUCGGACAUUUCCAAGUACUUGUCGCCCAGCCAGAAGUCUCGGAUGAGCUCGUACCGUCCCAAGAAAACUUAUGGCAUGCAACCUAUGGGCUAUGGCAUGUCCGUCUCCAAGGAGAACUUGUCCUCCAUGGCGGCGCUCUAUACGGGCAGCAGUGUCCCUCAACCUGCUCAACCUCCUCCCCCACUGGCCACGGACAGUGUCCAGGCCCCGGUGGAGAUUUUCAGCUUCAUUGAGAAGCAGGAGGACUACAUCGAGCAGCUGGAGAAGGAGUCGAAGUACUGUCGCAACGAGCUGACCAAUCUCUUGGGCAAGGUGAAGGAUGUGAUCAACGAGAAUGAACAGAUCACGGAGAAUGCACGCUCGGAGCUGGCAAAUAUGGGUUCUGGAAAGUCGGGUAUGGCCCAAACUGCGGUCACGACCAGUCCGUCAUCCGACAGCGAUGAGCACCUGAUAUAUGGCAGCGGCCGUAAAACUCCGACCACCCCAAGGAAGGGCAACCUCAAGGUGCAGUCUCCGCGGUAUGCUAGUGCCCCCAAUAUCGUGUACGAGGCUCGCAUUAGCGAACUGGAGGCAGAGCUGAUGCAGGCCAACAUCGACCUGAAGCGCGUGAGGACUGAGAACGAGGAUCUCAAGCGGAAGCUGGCCCACACGGAUCCCAUCACGACGGUGGCCACUUUUGGCGGUGGCAACUGUGAAACCCAUCGCAAGCAGCUGGACUGCCUGCAGCAGGACAAGCUCACGCUGGAGGAGACUGUGCGCCACUUGCAGCGCAUGCUGGACGACGCCAAGGCCCAAAGCCAGGGCAACACCACCUCCAAGCGAUACAUCAGCGAUCUGGUGCAGAUGGAACGCUCUCAGGCCGAGCUGGAGGUGCGUCACCUGCGCGACGAGCUGGAUCGUCAGCACGAGCGUGUCCGGGAGCUGCAACACGAAAUGGCCCGUCGCUUGGCCGAGGAGCGGGCCAGCGCAGAGAGGCGCUACAAUACCCAAGUAGACCAGCUGGGUGGCGAUCUGAGCAGCCAGUGGGAGCAGGUGACCAAGCUGCAGCUGGAGCUGGAGCGCCAGAAGCGGUACGAGACCGACCUAAAGCGGGACGUCACCAAUCGCAACUCGCAGAUCGAGGAGCUGAAGAACGAACUGAGGGCCAAUCGCACCAACUUCCUGGCGGACAUGGCUACCUCUAAUGCAGAGAAACAGUCCCUCGAACAGGAGAUCACUUCGCUGCGUCUCCAGUUGGAUCGGGCUGCCCGGGAGACCAAAACAGAGGCGGCUCGCCUCCAGGCGGAGAUCAAUUCUCUGCGUCAGCGCUUGGAUCGCGGGGAUGCGGAUCUGCUGCACUCGAAGCGGGAGGUUUUGCGACUCAACGAUGAGAUAGCCAAUCUGGAGAAGGAGCUAGCCUAUGGCGAACUGAAGAACGAAAUACGACCCACCAAAAAAGAUUUGGACAAGCGGAUCUCGGAAAUGCAGGAUAAGCAUGCGGAUACGGUAAAUGAGCUUGAGGAAAUGAUAACAUCUCAGAAGCAACUCAUGGAUAAACUGACGGGCGAGUGUAAAACCCUAACGGGCAAAUUAGAGGAUACAACGUACAAGCACAAAGAGGAAAUAUCUGCUUUACAAUCGAAUCUAGAAUAUCUAUCCAAUCGCAUGUUAAGCAAUGAGGAGCAUAUGAGUAAAUUAGAUACCACACCACAUGAUUAUACUAGCAUAGUUCCUGGAAAAGCCGCUUACGACUACCAGGCAGCGACAUAUGGCACAACAAUCGAACCCAUACAAAGCACCCCACAACUACACAACAGCGCCGACGAUGACUACAGCGGAGGAGACGGAGGUAUUGGCAAUGGUGGAGGGGAGCCAGCUGCCGCUGGAUCAGCUGCAGCUGCAGCAGUCACAACAGCAACUCUUGCUGCUGGGGCAGUUGCAGCAACAGCAGCAGGAGCGCGAAAGAGCAGCAUCAGCAACGGCGGCGGUACUAAGGGACUCCUCUCCGACUAUGGACUCCAAGAUAACGAUGACGAGAAUCUUAAGGACAACCUUGGCCUGGGCGAGAAGCAGCAACAACAACAACAGGAGCAGGACAGGCAACGAGAACGCGAGGAGCGAGAUCGAGAGUUGCAACAAUUGCGGGAACAGCGAGAGAAACGCGACCGGGAGAGGGAACGUGAGCGGGAACGGGAACAGGCAGAGCAGCAGAAAGCAGAGCAACAGCAGCAACAGUCACUGCCACAACAGCAACAGUCCCAGUUGCAACAACAGCCUCUCGUCGACAGCAGCAGCAUCUCGAAUGCCGGCAGCGCCAAUCUGGCCGCAUACAACACCGACUACAGUGCCUACGAUCAGCAGCAGUAUGAUGCGAGUGCCUACGAUCCGAAUGCCUACGCCCAGCAGCCCUACGAUGGCCAACAGUACGACUACGGGGAUGCCACGGCCGGAUACGAUUACAGUGCCGCCGACUACGGACAGUCUGGAUACCAGUAUGACUCCACGCCAGCAGCUGCCGCUACCAACCAGUCGCAGCCACAGCCCCAAUCGCAGCAGCGAUCACGUCCCCACCAGCAACAGGAGUCGGCCCUGCAGCAGCAGCAGCAGGAGUCGGAGCGGUAUCCACCGCGAGCCGACCACAACCGCGCCCGAGCGGUGGAGCUGUGGGGCCAGGAGCUGGAUCCACAGUCGCCGGCAGCAAAUCCACUCUGCCACAACAGUCUGCCCCGGCAGCCGCCAGCAAGAAGUAGCUGGAGUCCCGACCUGGAGGAUCCCCUGCUGCUGGAGUGCUCGAUCAGCAGCCCCAGCCUGAUGCGCUCCUCCAACGACGAGACCUGCUCCGAGCUGGCCGAUCUAAGUGAGACCUUUGUGGUGCUGCCUGAUGGCUCCGACGAGAGCGUGUCGCCCGCCCAGACCACCAUCAUCACGGCCCGUCGGUCCAGCGCUCCGGCCAUAGUGCAACAACAGGAGGAGGACAUUGCCAACGCAACGGUCAUCAUAGAGCGCCAUCUAGAUGCCCAAGGAUAGGGGACAGCAGCACCAUGUUUUCUUCCAGCGAAUCUUUCUUCAAUCAUAAAACGUACUCGUACUUCUACUCAUAUGUUUUCCAGCCUAACAAAAACAUAAAUAUUCCAUAUUUUUUGUAAUUACAACAAA